AUGGCGCAGUUGGCUUUCGUGGGUACAUAUGGAGGAAGUAUCACCACAAUCCAGUUCAACAACGAAACAGGCGCCCUCACCCAGCUGUUCACGAACAACGGUUCCGCGCCGUCGCCAUCGUGGCAAGAGAUUUCGGCAGAUGAAAAGUUCCUCUAUACAGUCGAGGAGACGAACCAGAAGGAAAAGGAAAAGGGCGGCAUCACAAGCUACGCUAUCCAGCCUGAUGGACAGCUCCGCAAGGUUUCAACAGCGCUUGGGAUGCCCCUACCAGUGCAUUUGGCGAUUAGCCCGAACAAGACGCUGAUUUUCACGGCGAAUUACGGCUCUGCGAGCGUAUCUGCGUUUACCAUAAAUGCAUCUACAGGGGAAGUUAACUGGGUUAAAGCAUGGCAGUACACGUUGUCACAGCCAGGUGCUGUCCCGAAGCGACAGGAGGCACCACACCCACACCAAGCGCUUUUCGAUCCCACGGGAAAAUUCGUCGUGGUGCCGGACCUGGGUGCUGACCUUAUCCGCAGAUACACCGUCGGGCCCGGAAAUGACUUGACCCAGACCAGUGCAGUACAGAUUAAGCCUGGUACCGGUCCACGCCAUGCUGUUUUCUAUCCGGCAGACGGUACACCAAAGUUCUUCUAUGUCGUUGGUGAACUGUCCAACACUGUGACUGCUUUUUCAGUCGAGCAAACUGAUAAGGAGCUCAACUUCAAGGAAAUCCAAUCCAUUUCUACCCUACCAGAGAAAUAUCCCAAUCCACAGGGCCCAGCAGCGGGUGAGGUCAUCGUCCACCCCAAUGGGAAAUUUCUCUAUGUAUCGAACAGACUCGACACCGUGUUUCCAAACGCAAACUCGAUUGCAUCUUACGAAAUCGAUGCGUCAUCCGGCCGUUUGAAGCUCCUAGAAAUCUUCAACGGCGGAGUCGUGAACAUCAGACAUUUCUCCAUCCACCCAGAUGGAGAGUGGAUGAUCAUUGAGGGACACAAUUCGAAUAGCAUCAAGUCUUUUCAACUUGAUCCAAAGACAGGAAAGGUGGAAAAGAAAGAAAGCUCGGCUCUCUUCCUUGAUAGACCGGUAUGUUUGCAGUGGCUCAAGACCAUGCCCAAGCAGAAGGAAACUUGCGGGCAAUAA